UCGGGUCGGGUCGGGUCGGGUCGGGCGGGGUCCGGGUGCAGGUGCAGGUACAGGCGCGGGCGGGAUGGCCACGUCCCCGGCGCCCGGCUCCACGCGGUCGCUGCUGGUGUUCGUGACGGAGCGGCUGGCGGGCAACCUGAGCCAGGCCGAGCUGAAGCCGCACGGCUGCGACAACGGGGCGCUGAUGGACCGGCUGGGCGUGCUGGUGCAGGGGCUGCUGGCGCUCAUGGCCUUCAGCACGCUGAUGAUAAAACGAUUUAGGGAGCCCAAAGAAGAGAGGCGUCCCUGGAUGAUAUGGUUUUAUGACACCUCCAAGCAAGCCAUAGGUGCCCUCUUCAUCCAUUUUGCCAAUGUUUUCCUAUCUGAUCUUACUGAAGAAGACCCCUGCUCUCUCUAUUUAAUAAACUUCAUCCUUGAUGCCACCCUGGGGAUGCUGCUGAUCUGGCUUGGGGUGAAGGUUGUGUCCUGGUUUGUGGAGCGUCAACAGUACAACUACCUCAUCUUUGGAGAGUAUGGUGAUCCUCCACAAGCUGCUGCUUGGAUCGGCCAGUGCAUCCUCUACUUGCUGAUAAUGGUCUUUGAGAAGACUGUGAUCAGCCUUGUCCUGCUCAUCCCUGGUUGGACAAAGCUUCAGGAGCUUUUGCUGGAUUACAUCCCAGACCCUCAGCUGGAACUUGUCCUGGUGAUGCUCGUUGUGCCUUUUAUUGUCAACGCCCUCAUGUUCUGGGUUGUAGACAGUUUGAUCAUGAGGAAACACAAGCAGAAGGACAGCCUUGACCUCAGCGGGUCCAUAGAAACCCCUCAGACUGUGAUGACUGAAGAAUCCCAGGGCUGCUUCUUGGAUUUCAGAUUGAUCUGGGCAAUGUGCCGUAUCCCUGCGAUGGAGCUCCAGACCCUCCCCACAGCUGUGCAACACCACGCUUCCUUAUACCUUGAGAGGAGUUACGAGCCAUGUUGCAAAAAUGUGUUGCUCUCCGCGGACUUGGAUUUUGACCAUCCUGAAAGCAACCGGGACAUCUCAAGGCUCCAAGGGACCAAGCCGAAAGUGAGGCAGGCGGGCUACCAGGUGGUCAUUUAACCAGCUGGAAAUCAAGUGAAAUGGAGAAAGUGCCAACGAAGAAAAUAGUGAAAGCUGUUGUUGAACUCUGCCGGAGGGCUGGGUAGGCGUGAUAGUCUCUUGUACCUAUGAAUGGAGACCAUAUACUAACACUACCCCGACGGACCCUUUGAGAAGUUACUUUUUUCCCCAAUGAUGUAUUUGUACAUUCUGCAUUCUUGCUGCCUGGUAUGGUGGCUGGCACUGCGUAUACAUAGUGCCCGUACCUGUAUUUGUCUCCCGAGCACAGCAAGGGUAGAAUUAAUAGUUGCAUUUCUCUGGCUGGCCAGCUGGUUUGUAGUUUGUCAGGACUGAGGCAUAAAGGAAAGCUCAAUCUUUUUAUAAGAAGAGAUCUUUAUCGUGUAUUAGCUCUACCGGGCCACUUUUUUAUAUGCACAGAUACUUGACUUUGCAAAAAUGUAUUUAAAUGUCCUUUUUGGGGGAUGAGGCUGAUUGGACCAGUGAAUGACAUGGGUGUCUGUUUGGUUUUUCUUUUUACUGUUUUAUACGGAUGGUAAUAAAAGCCUGAUUUUUGAAAUUG